AUGGUGUACCAGUCCGUCAACUGGCUCGACUCUACGAAACAAGUCUCUAGUGUCACACUUCCAAAUGUCACCUCUGGCGCCGCAACUGGACCGGGCGGUGCUGCACAAAACACUCGCUUGCACAUAUUCUCAGUUUCGCUCGUCACGGCAAAUGGUGCCGGAAUCAGUCUUGAGAUUCAGCAAGCACGAUCGACACAACUUUGGAUGGAAGGAACGAACAAGACUCAGAUAUUCGAGGCCAUCGUGGUGAACACAGGAGAUGACUGGAUUCUUGCAAACAACAGUGUCAAAGUUGCAGUCGAAGCCCCAGGCAUAACAACUGUACAACCUGGGGUGAUCAAUAGACUUCGUCCUGGAGACAGAGCCACCGUUCGUGUUGGGGUGGUCAAUGCCGACGGGACAGAGCCUGGUAGCACUGGCGAAGCCACUUUACGUGUCACGGGUGCCGGUGUGCAGGCGAGUUCGACGUUCAACGCAACCUUUGGCAUCGGUUCCUACGAAGCAACAUACGAGAGUAUCUACGCCCAUGAAAGCCCCUCUUGGUACACAGGCGGAAAGUACGGCAUCUUUAUCCACUGGGGUGUGUACGCUGUCCCCGGUUGGGGCAAUUCUGGCGAGAAGGAACAAUAUGCCGAGUGGUAUUGGUGGUACAUGAACCAAGGCCCUGAUAGCUCGAACGAUGCAGGUUUCUACCAAUACAACCUUGACACAUACGGUCCGGAUCAUGUAUACGACGACUUUAUCCAAAACUUCACGACAGAGUUCUACGAUCCCAAAGAAUGGGUUGAUCUCUUUGCCGAUGCCGGUGCUCAGUACUUCGUUCAAGUAUCGAAGCAUCACGAAGGAUAUGCUCUCUUCGACAUCCCGGCCAACAUCACCAAGCGAACCAGCGUGGCUCAAGUUCCACACAAGAAUUUGCUGCAGAUGCUGUUCGAUGCUGCAGAUGAAUAUCAGCCACAUCUCCACAAAGCCACCUACUUCUCGGUACCUGAAUGGUUCCAUCCCGACUACAAGAAGUAUGGGUUCGGCGAUUCCAAAGGCGCUGCAUGGCCUGGCGGCAAUGCAACUAAUCCUUACACCAACGAGACACUUCCUUACACUGGCUACGUGUAUGUAGACGACUUUGUCUCUGAUCUCAUUCUCCCCGAGAUGGAAAUCUUGGCUUCGAUGGGCACAGAAAUCAUGUGGUGUGACAUCGGAGGCCCCAACCUGACUGCAGAGUUCUCGUCAAAAUACUUCAACGACAUGGCCGCCCAAGGCAAACAAGUCCUAAUCAACAACCGCUGCGGCCUCCCCGGCGACUUCGACACCCCGGAAUACGCCAAAUACGAAGCCGUGCAAAUGAGAAAAUGGGAGUCAAACCUCGGCAUGGAUCCCUUUUCCUACGGCUACAACCGCGCAACACCCAUCUCCGCCUACAUCACCCCUACUGAAAUCGUAACCUCUCUCAUCGAUAUCGUCAGCAAGAACGGCAAUUUCCUGCUCGAUAUUGGCCCUCAGGCUAAUGGCACUAUUGUGGAUAUCGAAAAGGAAAAUCUCAGGGAGGCGGGUAAGUGGAUCAAAGGGCACGGAGAGGCAAUUUUCAACACGACGUAUUGGUUCAUCACUCCUGAGGAGGGAGAGACUGUGAGGUUUACGCAGACGCCGGAUGCGUUCUACAUCUUGACUUUGUAUGCGCCCAACGCUACGCUGGUUCUGGAUAGCCCUGUUCCCUACGUUGCUGGCGAUCAAGUCACCAUUGUGGGCGGCAAUAUGAGCGGUAGUGUUGUUCCAUCGAGGUUGUUGAGUAAUGGAAGUCUGGAGUUGACGAUCAGCGAUGCUGUUGUCGCUGCUGAUGAGUACAGUUGGGUCUUCAAGAUUGCGUUUGGAGGUGUGCCUUCGAAUGGCACCGUCACUGGCAGCGCACCUCCGUUUCAACAGACUACUAACGACGCUGGCAAGUGGUCAUCAGAUUGGGUCAAGUUGGUUCCGUCUGUUGUGCUUGGAGCUAUGCUGUGGCUUAUGUAG